AUGCAUACACCAACAAGAAGCCCAGCUUCCAAAUUGUCUUUUACAAUUCAUUGUCCAAUGAACGAUGAAGUCCCAGUAGAAGGAAAUUGUGCAGCAAGUAUAAAGCGAAAGCUUCACAUAUGUUUUGCAGUAUGCAUUACGAAAAAAAGUGUUCGGGAAAACUAUGAUCCAGUGAUUGAUUGCAUGAAUAUAAAUGAUCCUGAACAACUUGAUCCAUGCAUUGGAGAAGAGAUUUAA